AGACAUUUUGAAGAAGACAAGAAGUCAGACGAAGACUGAAUGAUCAGCUCUUCUAUAAUUAUAGUUUCUUUCGGUGCGGACGUAGCGAUAGAGCGGUUCAUACAUUGCAGGUGUGAGUGGAAGAGAUCGUCUGGAACCAACAAAUAAAACGACUAAAAUGACGUCGAGGAUCAUCGCCAGCGUCGAGAAGCACCUCAACGACGAGAGCAAACCCUGGGCCAAAUGGUUGGCCCUCGGCGAGGAGAAGACCGGUUUGAAGAGGCUCUACCUUUUCGGAAUUGCCCUUUUCCUGUUCUCCACUUACUUGGUCUUCGGAUAUGGAGCCCAGCUGUUGUGUAACUGCGUAGGAUUUGCUUAUCCUGCUUAUGCAUCAAUCAAGGCCAUUGAAAGUCCACAGAAAGGCGAUGAUACCAAAUGGCUCACGUACUGGACUGUAUUUGCUGGGUUCUCAUUAGUAGAGUUCUUCUCCAACAUCAUUGUUGGAUGGAUCCCAGUUUACUGGCUUGUAAAGUGCGUUUUUUUCGUUUGGCUCUUUGCACCUCUUGAAGACAAUGGUUCAGUUGUCAUCUACAACCGAAUUAUCAAACCCCGCUUUUUGAAAUAUGAGAGCAAAGUUGACAAUGCUAUGAGUGGUCUUGCUGACAAAGUCACCAAAACUGUAACAAGCAAUCUCUUUGAAGAGAACAGGAAGAGAGAUUAAUUGUACAGUAUUAUCUAAAGAAGACUGCGGGUCAUGGGAGAUGAGUAGGUCGUGUGUGAGUGAACUUAUGGGGAGGGACAUCAAACUCAGUUGAGUUGUUUCAACCUUGCCAUACUUGUCUUUAAAUGUGUUCACAGUGUAUUUUAUUGGUGUAAGAAAUGUCUUGUUUUAUUAUUGAUGUCAACAAAGUUGCAUUUGUUUUCCGCUUCCCUACUAUAAGUCUUCGUUAAAAUUUUGUGUUUUAAGCCAUCCUUGUUAAGCCAUCCUUGUACAGUUUUCAUUAAACACAGACUCUGAAUUGAA